GACCUGGGAGCCUGGGCCAGAGUGUUUUGACUUUUCCCGUCAGGUGGACGCCCAUGAGCCGGAGAUAGAAUUACGGGGUUUCCUCCGAGAAGAUGCCUUUGCCAUGACACGGCAACGUCAGGAUGGAUGUCCUUAGACAGCGGGGCCGUAUCGCCGUGCAACUGUUUGGAAGCUUUUAGAGAAUAAACCCCCAAACUCACUACGCAUUUGAAUGCUUAGGAUUUUUUUUUAAGCAUCUCAUCCUGAAAGCUUAGAGACCGUUAGAAUUUCUUUUUCUAAACGAAUCGUCAUCUUUCCUGUGACUGAAUCAGUUCAGGGAGUAUCUUUUCAAUGUAAGGAGGAAACCCUCCUCUGGUCAUUGGGGCCGUCUCAGGAUUUUUAAUAUUCCGAAGAUUUACUCUCUGUUGCACCCACAGGUUAAACAUUUGGGUCAGGCAGUGCAAUGCUUUUUUGGAAAAUGCUUUGCAUCUUUUCUGUUCUUGAAAUGCCAGCCUACUUUGAUCUUUUUCUGAUGAUUUACCAUCAGUAUUAUGAAGGUUAUUGUGAAGGAACCUGAGACCACUGAAUUCUCAUGCCAGAUUUGAAAUCGUUUUUCUGUCUUCAACUCUGACGUUGGUGUCACUCUUAACCGGCUACGUUCCUGACCCUCUAAUGGUUACAAUUUAAUGCGUUGAUCUGUUGUGGGUUUUGAAUUUAGAUAACUGCAUUUGAUAGAAUUGUUUUUAAAGUAAAAGAAAAAUCAAUGAGGAGCUCUUGGCUUUCUACUUUUAUUUAGCUUUUCAUUUUAUAAAAUGCCCAUUUUAGAAAACACAGCUAAGCCAAAGAAAGAAAAUUAAAAUUAUAUAGACUCCUGCUACUUAAAGAAAGCCAUUGCUAGCAUUAGCAUAUGGCCUUAAUUUUUAAAUGCAUAAUAUUUGUAAAAAAAAUGAAAUCAUGGUGUAGACUGUUUGGGUAUAGUAUAUACAUGUUUGCAUGACAUAUCCUGCCUGGCUUCCCAUUUCACUCUUUUUUUUCUUUGCACAUUUAUAGUAGCUACAGAAUAUUCCUUUGUGCCAGACACUUUCAUAAGUAAGGUAGGUAGCCUAGUGCAUAGACCUUGUGCCGUCUAUUUUAGCAGCUCAGAGCAUUUUUAACUUAUAUCUUGGUUUUUGGUCAAGAUGCAUAAGUGAGGUGAUUUAAGAGUUGUGCAAAAGGGAAGAUUUAAUAUUGAGUUCUAUACAAGGGCCAACAGUUUAUCAUAGCAUAUCAGAUUUACUGAAAAGAUGGAACAUAUCAUUGAAAUUUGUUCUAAUUAUUUUCUGUUUCUAGGCUCACUUUUAUCCUCCCUCCCUCAUUUCUCUCUCUUUUUUUUAAUCUUUUUCUUUCCCCCUCCAAGAAUGAAACAUGACUGAGGAUUCUCAGAGAAACUUUCGUUCAGUAUAUUACGAGAAAGUGGGGUUUCGUGGAGUUGAAGAAAAAAAAUCAUUAGAAAUUCUCCUAAAGGAUGACUGUCUGGAUAUUGAGAAACUUUGUACUUUUAGUCAGAGGUUCCCUCUCCCAUCCAUGUACCGUGCAUUGGUGUGGAAGGUGCUUCUAGGGAUCCUGCCUCCACACCAUGAGUCUCAUGCCCAGGUGAUGAAGUAUCGCAAGGAGCAGUACUCUGAUGUCCUUCAUGCCCUGAAAGUCAUUCGCUUUGUCAGUGAAGCCACAACUCAGGUUGAAGUCUAUCUCCGCAUGUAUCAGCUGGAGUCUGGGAAAUUACCUCGAAGUCCUUCUUUUCCAUUGGAGCCAGAAGAUGAAGUAUUUCUUGCCAUUUCGAAAGCCAUGGAAGAGAUGGUGGAAGAUAGUGUCGACUGUUACUGGAUCAUCCGAUGCUUUGUGAACCAAUUAAAUAACAAGUACCGGGAUUCUUUACCCCAGCUGCCAAAGGCUUUUGAACAAUACUUGAAUCUGGAAGAUAGUAGACUGCUGACUCAUCUGAAGACAUGUUCUGCAGUGUCCAAACUUCCUUAUGAUCUUUGGUUCAAGAGGUGCUUUGCAGGGUGUUUGCCUGAAUCCAGUUUACAGAGAAAGAAUAUGUGGGAGGAAAAAGGCAACCAGGACAAAAGGGUCUGCAGUGACCAGAGACACUUCUCGAAGUCCCAACCCUGAGUUCUCUUCCUCAGCCUCAACUCUAAGACUAAAAGAAGUCAUAAACACUGGCUGACUGUCAAAUGGUGUGGAAGGCCCCCACUGACGGGAGACUCAGCCUACCCACAGAUGGACUGUGCGUGGGAAGCCUGUUUCGUGGUGUUGGAAGGUGACGUCAUCACCUACGACAGCAACUGGGUUAACUGGAUGGCUGCCGGGAGAGUGCCAGGUCAAGAAAGUGGAGCCCCCCCAGGGCACAAAUCAAUUAGGGUACCGGAUCUCAAAUCAGGCAAAGUGGGGACCAAAGGGAGGCCCAAACUUUACCUGUGCAAUAUCCACUUGUAU